ACUCUUUAUUUCAUAGGAGAAUAUAUUGAUUUUCUUGGUCACUGCCAGUUCUGUGACAUUUCCUGCUCUAAAUGCAUAGGACCAACUUCAAAGGACUGCAUUGGUUGUACAUAUGCAAAUAGAGUUUUGGAUGACGGGCGCUGCGUUGUUCAAUGCCCUAGAGGGAAAUUUGAAUUUAACAAGCAGUGCCAUUCUUGCCAUGAAUCCUGUACGGAUUGCAGUGGAAGUGAACCUAAUGAAUGUACUAGCUGUGCUAAAGAUAAGAAAGGCCACAUGCGUUUCCUCUACCUGGGAGAAUGCAGGAAGAGCUGUCCCUUGGGCUUCUAUCCUUCUGAGGCGAACAGUACUUGUGCACCCUGCUUUGAGCACUGUCAAGAAUGCCUGAAUCAAACCAGCUGUGAGAGGUGCUUAGAGGGAUACUCUCUCAUUAAUAACAGUUGCCAAGAACACAAAUGCAAAAAAGGGGAAAUCAAAGGCCUCAACUCAGAAGAUUGCAUUCCUUGCCCUGAAGGAUGCCUCAUCUGCAACUCGGUUAUAUUUGCAUGUUUUUCUAUCUUUGAAAACAUUAAAGAAGAUGUAUUACAUUACAACGAACAAUUUUGA